AUGGCGACGAAAACCAUCAUAAAUUACUUCCACACCGACAAUGACCGCGUCUUCUACCCAGGCACGGCGGGGUAUCAGCGGCGAAAGUUCGACACCAAGCCGAUGACAAUCAACGACUUGCGGGGUAAAGAAGAAGACUUCACGCUUGAUAAGAACGGCUUCACGGUCUUGAAGGGGGAGUGGUCGGAGACGGAUGUUGAAGACACGCCGGAGCACAUCAAGGAUGUCGUUUUUCCUGAGACUAUUGCCGCAGUGAAAAAGGCAACUGGCGCUUCUGAUGUGCUAUGCUUCUCCCACCUCAUCCGCCGGCAUCUCGCCAGCGCGGUCAAGGAGCAGGCAGAGAACUUGAAGGACAGCGACACUGUCUCCGCUCCAGGUCCAACUAUCUUCGCGCACUGCGAUAAUAGUGUUGAUGGCGCCAUGACAGUGCUGGAGAAUAACGUCCCAGUUGAAGAUCUUGAGAAGCGCAAAAACAGCCGCUGGGCUAUUGCGAAUGUCUGGCGACCUCUUGUGCGGCCAGUGACGAGGGAACCACUGGCGCUGCUGGAUGCCGCUACUGUGCAGCCGGACGACCUCGUCGGUGUGUUGGCGCUGUUCCCGGAGGACAAGGAUGCUGCGUUCGGGAAGGCGUAUCCAAAGGGCAGAGGAUUCGAAACCGCCCAAGUCCUCGCGAGGGAGGGACACCAAUGGUACUACGCCUCGCAGCUCGAUCCCACAGAAGCGUACCUCUUCAAGCAGUUCGAUUCGAAGACCGAUGGCAGGGCGAGGCAGACCCCGCACACUGCAUUCCAAUCCCAGCUGGAUCAUGGACCGCCGCGGAAUAGCAUGGAGGUUCGAUGUCUGGUCUUCUGGGAUGAGGAGAGUACGACGUGA